AUGAAUGCUCAAUUAGACAAUCUUGCCGAAAUGAUUUCAAAGAUGUCCAUGUCCUCUUCCAACAAUACCAAUCAACCCUCAAGUUCUUCUAACCUUCCAUCCCAACCCCAACCAAAUCCAAAGGGCGGUCUCAAUGCCAUCACUCUACGGUCGAGAUCUACAUUAGAAGAGAUAUCUCCAAGGAUCUUGGAAGACAUUCAUAAGGAAGAAGUGAUUGUUGAAGCUCCACAUGAAGAGGAGGAGGUAGGCAAGAGGCAUGAAGAGGAAGGAGUAAACCUCAAGGAACCUAAGAGGAAAGCUCUCGUGGAUGAGUCCAUCCCAAUUCCAUUCCCUUCCAUGGUGAAGAAAGUAAAGAAGACGCCGGAAUUUGACAUGAACAUGCUUCAAGUGUUCAAGAAGGUUGAGGUAACCAUACCACUUCUUGAUGCUAUUCAACAAAUUCCAAAGUAUGCAAAAUUCUUGAAAGACUUGUGUACACACAAGGAUAGGAUAGGGGAAUUGGAGACAUUAUCCUUGGGAAGUUUAAUCUCUUCCUUGAUGGAACCCAUACUAAAGAAAUGUGGUGAUCAUGGGCCUUGUUUGGUAUCUUGUUGUUUUGGUGGACACACUUUUCAUGAUUGUAUGUGUGAUCUAGGGGCUUGUGUAAGCAUCAUGCCGCUUUCUACUUUUGUGCGGUUGAAUUUAGCUCCAUUGAAGAGGUCGGCAGCGAGAUUUGCCUUGGUCGAUAAAAGUGUGAUCACGGUAACCGGAAUAGCCGAAGAUGUACUUGUGGGAAUCAAGGAUUUGAUCUUUCCGGUUGACUUUUAUAUCCUUGAAAUGCCCCCAACAGAGAAUAGAAGCUCAUCCUCUGUUCUACUUGGUAGACCUUUCCUUAAAACCUCUAAAUUUAAGUUAGAUGCCUUCAGCGGUACAUAA